UGUCUUAAAUUGAGACUCCAAGAGCAUCAUUUUUCUAGUUUUGAGAUUGAGGAACUCGUUUCACUUACUCGUGUUUGUCUUGAAUAGAAUACUUUUGUGUUCAAUGGUACUUACUUUCGAAUGUCUGAAGGUUUAGCAAUGGGUAAUCCUUUGAGUCCUAUUUUAAGUGACAUUUAUAUGCACUAUUUUGAGACUAAACUUUUUGAAACCAUAACGUUUCCGUUCUAUGUUCGGUACGUUGACGAUUGCUUUGUUUUGCUUGACCAAAAUCAUGUUGAUAAUGAAUUUUUACUUUCUACAUUAAAUUCUAUCGAUCCUUGCAUUCAAUUCACUAUUGAAAUGGAAACUGAUAGUUCUCUUUCAUUUUUGGACGUCUUUAUUACUAAAAGUAAUGAUGAAUUUAUGACUUCGGUGUUUCGUAAGCCUUUUGCUGUUACACUACCUCCUCACAAAUGUUCUUCUCAUCCUCCAAACCAAAAGUUGGCCUCAUUCAAAGCUUUUGUGUUCCGUGCUUUGAACAUCUGUUCUUCCUCCAAUUCUUUAAAUGCUGAGCUUUCUUAUCUUAAAGCAGUGGCUUUCGAUCGUGGUUAUUCUCCUAGCAUCAUUGACUCAAUUUAUAAUAAGUUAAUUAAGCCCUCUCAUUCUGAAAAGGUUUCUGCUUCUAUUGCUUCGUAUACUAUUGUUUUGCCUUAUUAUCCAAAAGUUAGUCAUCAAGUUGCAAAGAUUUUGAAGAAAUUUGGUUUCGAUACAGCUUUUUCUCCAGUUAAUAAGAUAAAAUUUACAAACUUAAAGGACCCCAUUGAUUGCCAUAGCAACUGGGGCAUUUAUAGCAUCUCCUGA